AUGCCACGUAUAUCACUCCUAAGACAUUUGAAUGAUGGAACCGAUAGGUGGCACAUAGUUGCAAGAGUUUUCAGGAAAUGGAAUGUCUUCCAUAAGGGAUCAUCUGCUGAUAUCUUCUGCGUGACAAUGGUUUUAUUAGACAAAGAGGGGGAUAAAAUACAAGCAAGUGUUCUAACCAAAAGUUUACAUGACAAGUUUCGCCACAGUAUCAUUGAAGGAGAGACUUAUUUCUUUGCUAAUUUUGAGGUCUCUGCUAAUGUUAGCCAAUAUAGAGCUACCACUCAUCCUUUCAAGAUCACUAUAACUCCACGAACACAUGUUGCUGAGAAAAUAGCCAUUGUGCCAUCUUAUUCCUACUCUUUCUUUCCACUUGCUGAGAUAGAGAAACUCAAUGAGAAGCAUAAUAUUGAAUACUUGAUAGAAUAUCGGCGGGACAAUGAAACCAAGAAUAAAUUGAGGAUGGUGCUGAGUGACAUUGAGUACAGAACCUUUCACGGAAUCAAUGUAGAAUGUAUAUUAUUUGAUGAAUGUGCCAGCGAUGCUUUCAUGUCUCAGCUCCAGAAUACACAGACACCUGUUGUGGUGUUGUUAAACCUGGCUAGGGUUGGUUUUUCAGAAGAUGGAAGAGCACAGGUUUGCAAUUCUUUUAAUGCCACAAGGGUGUUUUUCAACCCACCCAUCAAGGAAGUGCAACUAAUGAUUGAUAGUUCAAAAGACAAUGGCUCUCCAAGUUUGUCCUUCCUUAGCCAGCCCGUACUAACUCCACUGAGUCAACAGUCACGUACUAGCAUCAAUUGCAACCAAAGCCCGAUUGCUAUAUCAAACAUAAAAGAUCAACCCAUGGGAGAAACUUUUGUCAUUAGGUGCAUUAUUCAAAAGUUAGAGACCAGAUAUGGUUGGAUCUAUCAAGGUUGCUCCAAGUGUGGUACAAAGCUUCGUUUAGAGAAUGAGAGUUGGAUAUGCCCAUCAUGUCAGAAGAAACCAGAGUUUAUUGACCACAAGAUGAAGCUUCAUUACACUGUGAAAGAUGAGACAGGAAUUGCUUCAAUAAUAUUCUGGGAUAAACUUGCGGUUGAGUUAAUUAAAAAUUCAGCCGCUGAGUUGAAGGUUAUUCUAGAUGAGGAUCCUGAGGAAGUUGAUUUCCCCAAAAAUCUGGACAAUCCUGUUGGGAAGAGUAUGUUGUUGACUCUUAAACUGAAUGACUACAAUAAACGACAUCCAAGUUCCAGUAUUAGUGUGAUGCAAUAUCAUUUAUGUGAAGAUUUAAUGGAUCAAUUUACUGAGGCAUCCAUUGAGUAUUCACAACCUGCUGUGGAACAAAGUCAGGAACAUAUGAAUGUUACUCAAGGAGUUCCUCUAAUUGCGGAAAAAGAUUUAGUUUCACAAUGUGUUGCUGAAGAGGAUGUCACACUUUCAAAUAUGGUCAACCGUGUUAAAGCUCCUCCAGUUAAAGGGAGAAAAAGAAGCGUCGUGAGGAAGAAUGUUGAGGAUGCUAUUGCUGAGGGUACUAACACUGGAUCAAGCUCAAGUAAUGAACAGAAGCAUGUGAAAACUAUCAAGUUGGAGAAGUAG